UAACAAGUUAAGUUUGUAUAAAUUAAAUACGUGACUUUUGAUUUGAAACACAGUAACUGUAACUGUGUGUAACUUCAUGAACAAACAUUAUAUAUAAGUACUGAUAAACACCACAGUAUAGAAAGGUGUGUGUGUCUGUGUGUGCGUGUGCGUGCGUGUGUGUGUGCGUGUGUGUGUGUGUGUGCGUAUGUCUGGUUUAAAGUGGGCUGUAAACUCUGAGCAGCCCGCAGCAGAUGAAGUUUGACCCGGACAGAAGCAGCUGGACCUGCCGCUGUUUCUGCGGAUCUUAGGGCGGAGGUUCUUCUGUGUCGCUGCCGACACUAAAGCGCAUUCUGCGGCGUGUUUGUGGCGGGAGUUGCGGUGUAGUCCCGGUGGUAUUUACGGUGUGUUCUGUAAUGGGCUGCCCUCUCUCAGCGGAGGCGCCGCGCUCCUGGCCGCCGGGAGAUGAUGAGAAUGGGGGGGGUGAAGAUGAUGUGGUCCAGGUGAGUCUGAGCGCGCAGAUCCGCGAGGUGAUCAAGCAGAGCUGGAGAGAGAUCCAGGAUGACGUCAGCAGGGUGGGGGUCAUCAUGUUCGUCAGGCUGUUCGAGACUCACCCAGAGUGUAAAGACGUCUUCUUCAUGUUCAAAGAGGUGGACGAUCCUGAAACUCUGCGGGCCAGCAGAGAGCUGCGAGCCCACGGACUCAGGAUCAUGUCCUUCAUCGAGAAGUCCGUUGCCAGGAUCGACCAGGACGAGCGUCUAGACCAGCUGAUCCUGGAUCUGGGCAGGAAGCAUUACGUCUACGACGCCCCGCCAAAAUACUACGAGUUUGUGGGGGCGGAGUUUAUCCAAGCCAUGAAGGAGCGCUGGACGUCAGAGCAGGAGGACGCCUGGAAGACCUUGUUCCUGUACAUCAGCAGCACCAUGAAGAGAGGCUUCAAGCAGGAGCAGAGGAACCAGAGGAACCAGAGGAACCAGAGUGAUGUCCUCAGACGUCCUUCUGUCAGUGUGUCCAAACAGGUUUAGAGACAGAGCUUUAAGAAACCUUUGGUCGUUAUUGAUUGAUUAUUAUUGAUUAGCUGUAGAAUAUUUCUCUGUGAAUGUUUACAUAGCAUUCUACUGUAGGCUCUUAUUUUGAAAUUGCUGUGUGGAGGUACUUCCUCUGACCCUGUGCAUGUCCUGGUGAAUAAAAUCCAAACUCUUCCCUGA